AUGGUAUUGAGUAAUGCUAGCGAUUUGGGUAGGGUCAGACUUGACUCUUGGUUUAGUGCAGGCGGCCUUGAAGUCUCAGAAGAAGCCACUCACAGGGAUACGUUAGACAGAUCAUGGUUUGAAUUUGAGAAGACUAUCUGCGGUAGAAAGCCACUUAGAUGCAUACCCACGUUUAUGCCGGGUGAUUCCAAAGGGCAUUGGAAUCAGCUUUUACGUAUCAAAUCAAUGACAACUGGCGCUACUGCAACUACCUUUGCUCCACAAAAGGAAUUAGAAGAAGUUUUUGGUAUUGUUAGAGAUCCAGAAUCUCUUGAAGAUUCUGACAUUGACGAUUUCUUGAGUAAUUCUCAAAAAAUUGAUUCACAUCAUAAAUUUGAUGAAGGGAUUACCGAAAUUCCCUUACAUAGGGAAUAUUUAUUAGUUUCGCCAAACUCUGUGUUUAAAGCUGGAGAUUCACGGCAAACUCUAUUGGAUGGUGGAAUUGUGGAUUGUCAAGUGUUUAAUACAUUACCGGGGAAGCUUGGUAGUAUCUUAUUGAUUACUACCCCUGCAGGAUAUGUUUUGAGCAUGCUAUUAGAUUUGGAAGAUAAUAAACCCAUAAUACUUCAAUAUUGGAAAUUGAGGCAAAAUAGUGGUGAUUGGUAUAUUGUUAAACAUCAAUCUGAUGAACAAUUUGUGGUUAUUAAUAAGGAAAAAGGCAUUUGCAAAUUCUUUGAAUUUAGGGAUCCUUUGCAUUUCACACUGGUAAACAAUUUAUCAAUUGAUAACACUAAAUUUUUAUCUUGUUCAUUUUUCCUCAAUACGAGUAAGUCACAUUAUUUGUUCUUUGUUCCAUCAAUUAGAUACCACCGCAUGGUUUUAUUCUGCAUUGAAUGGGAUUCCAAUCGUCCCAAAAUGAAGGAGGUCCACCAGCUCACUUAUCUCAAUGGUUAUGAAGUCAAUUACUGUGUACCUGUAGGCUAUAAUGUAUGUUUGGUAUCUGGUGGUUGUCAACACUACUUGGUAUCGGCUCAUCAAAUUAUGUCAGGAGAAACAAGUUUUCAACAUUUUGAAUCAAACUUCUUAGAGGGGCUCUGUUCGUAUUUUGAUGCCCCCAUAUUGUUGGAAAAGAUUAAGAACUGCCAUGAAGAUUUAUUUGACCAAUUCAAGAAGUGUACGGUACUGGCUACUUUUUCCGGAAACAUUGGAAUUUGCCUUUGGGAUGAAGAUGGUGAAGUAGCUUUCUAUUCAUUGACAAGAUUUAAAGGUUUGAAAGAUAUAUGCCCUGUCGAUUAUCAAGAAACCGAAAAUAAUGAAUACGAAAUUGUUGUUAUAAGUUUUGGACGAACUUUACGACUUACUCUAGAUGUUAAAUGCAUUCAACAAUUGAGUAGUGAUACAACUAUUUCACCAUUGAAUGGAGUUCUUCUCAAACAUACCAUGGAUAGUUCUACAGAGGAGAAUUCAAAACUCAUGGUGUUUUCCCCACCUAAAAACAACAGUAGAAUUCCAGCAGAACUCUGGUUGACCUCCAGUAUGGCAAUUUCUCAUCUUCAAACUUUUGCACCAGUUAAAAAAUUGCAUGGGCUUUGUAAGCUGCGACAAUUCCAAGUCUUUAACAAUUUAAAGGUUUUUAAUUGUUCGAACUUCAAUGAUAACUUAAGGGAAACUCUUUUACAAGGUUUGGAGAUCGGGAAUAAUUCUGAAGUUUAUUUAAUCAUUGCUUCAGAUCUUAUUUCGAUGUCAAAAGCAUUUUUGUUGAAUGUAACAUCUUCUGGAUCGAAUGCAAUGGAAUUGGAUGAUCUAUUGCAAAGUGUCGCUGGCGACAAUGUUGAAAUUUUUUUUUCACCUGGAGAUAAUAUGGUUCAGAUUACCAGAGAUACAGUUUAUGUCGAUUCAUUGGGUUCCUCAGAAGACGAGAAAAUUGAAAAAUAUUCUCCUGGUUGGAAAAUUGAUGGGGCCGCUUACUGUGGCACCAGAGUGAUUCUUUGGAAUAUUGAUCAAUUAAAAAUUUCCUAUAUUAACAAUAUCGAUGAAUUGAGCGAAACAACCACAUUUAUUCAAAGCGGUUUUUUCAAAGAGAUAUUACGAGGCACCAAGGAAGACUAUGAAGAAAAUCUGAAUCGAGAACCGGAGAAAUAUAAAGAUGGUCUUUGCCCUUUCUUCUUUAGCUUUGAUAUUACACAAGUGGAUGAUGGGACUGUUUUCGUUUAUCUGGCCCAUUCCCGUGGUAUGGUCAAAUACUCGUGGGAAGAUUUGUUUCUCAGUAGCGAUAGGAACGAUACUAGAAGCUUAUUGACUUGCGCACCGAAUGUCGCAUUUUUGGCAUUGAAAGAACAUGUAUAUGCUAAAAGUUGUGACGGUCACAUAAUCGGGGCGGACCAUAUAAAUUCUUCAUUUCGCAAUAUCAAUGUGGCGUAUAACGAUAGAGAUUUUCAAAUUAGACCCUUUGAUGAUAAUGCUGUUAUUAUCUUUUCCCCUCAAGAAAUCACCAUAGUUUCAAUGUCAUCAUCUUCGGAAAAUGAAGGAGAUGAUAAAUUUUAUGAAUUGAAGUUACCAUUUCAGAGUAAAGCUAAUCCCAUAUUGGAUGUUUCUGUUGAUGCAAAGAGCAAAAGGGUUUUUGUACUUUAUGCUGAUGGGUUAGAAGUAUUUGAGUUAUUCUAUUCCACGUGGAACAGUUCAAAUUACUUAUUAAGAUCUACUAAAACUUUGAAAAGGAUUUUCUUCAUAGAAAAGAUAAAUCGUAUGCUUGUGGUGAAUUUGCGUGCGAGAGAAUGGGACUGUAUCAAACUGGUUGACGGUAAAAGCCUUUCACUUGAUGCUACGGCGCUUAAAACCCCUAAGAAUUCAAAACUCGUCGAUGUUAUAGAAAUACCUAGCAACAAAGAGGAUAAAAAUGUACAUCUAUUGCUGCAUUUUGGUAAUCUACUCAAGCUGGUUCGUCUGGUACCCCAGAAGGGUAGGAUAAUUGUAAAAGUGGUUACCCAACGUGAAUUUGAUGCAGAACUGUUUCACCGCAUUGAAACUGUAGAGGAUGGUAAGUUCAUAGUGUAUGUCGCAUCAUCAGUUUCUGUUUUGGGCCAGAAACCUUACAGUCAAUUCAUGUUAAUGAGAAUUAGCGAAUUGGACCAAUUGGAAGAAAUCAGUAAACUUGAAUUUCCAGAUGAACUUCACCUGCGAGACUUUAAACUAUGUGGUAAGGAUGUUGCUGUUGUCAGCGAGGGUUAUGAUAGAUUAUUUUUGUUCAAGGAUUUCUUUAGAUUAGCAGCACUAAAGAGACCAAUGGCGAUCGCCAUAAAGAUGCCAGCCGCCUCGAAGAUCGAGAAAAUAUGUCCCAUUGGAACGGACUCGUUUGUAGUAGCGGUGAGCUGUGAAGGAAGAUCAGAUCAUUUAUCAGAAUUGUUAUUUUGCAACAGGGAUGAUAUUUGUUUAAACCGCGAAAGCGAUUCAGAUUCCUCUAAAGGUGAUGUCCUUUAUGAUGCGGCUGUUGUGGAUGAUAUUCAAAGAAGAGAGGAAGGCGAUUUUUAUCGAAUUGAACUCGAUGAGGACGAGGAAGAUGAAGAUGACGAAGAUGAAGACGAUGACAACGGAGGUCCCAUUGGAUUAAGGCUUGCUAGAAGAGGUGAUAAUUGGGAUGGUAAUUAUCGUGAUUUUUUGGAUCGUAUCAUUAAUGGGCCAAGAUUUGCAUCAAACGAAGAUUGGGAAUUUGAUGAUGUUGACAUGGAAUACGAAGCUGGUGAACAUGAAGAGAACGAUCGAGAAUCUGACAGUGAUGAGGAUAUGUUAGAUACCGAUGACAUGGAUGAAAUGGAUGAAACCGAUGCAUUUGGUAGAAGAAGUGAUUAUAAUUUUCCCUUCAACACUGACUCCACUCAGGCAACUGGAUCCGAAGCGUUGGGUUGUCUAUUUAACACAUCUGACCUGGCGGAAUCCAUUUCAUCAUCAAGAUUUCGCAAGCCAUAUCAGGUGAUUAAUUUGGAUAAAUCAAUCAAGGAUAUUAGAUACAGUUCCGAGGAGAAAAAGCUCUUCGUAUUAACAAUGGAUGGAUCUGUCCUCAUUUUCCGUGGAUUUUACCAAAAUUUACAAAAGGAUCAUGAGAAAAUAGGUGAUGGUGUCGUUAACAUUUUAAAGAAACCGAUUGCAGGGCAUGUUGCACCAAAGAUAACAGAAUCCGGAAUCUGUACCAUAGAUAGUGAAGGCCGUGUUAAAGAGUGGCCGUGGUUGUAG